AUGACUUUCCGGGCAGCAUACGCUGUCAAGGCACAACACAAAUGGGGUCUCAGUGGCACACCGCUCAGCAACAGGAUUGAAGAGCUAUACUCUUACACAAAACUCAUCGGUUGCACAAAUAUCACAAGCUUUCAGGAGUUUAAAGAAGUGUAUGUGCUUUCAAGCGAUGCAAAAGAUAGGAUCGAUGUUCUCAUGACCAACAACAGCUAUCGAAGGUGGCUGGACAUCAUAUUCGACACUGACGACAACGCAAGAACCGGCAACAAAAAGUAUGUUGGUCACAUGCGGUACAGGCAGUUGGUGUCGCACGCCUAUUCCCUGGAGUCUUUCCUCCGGGAUGACGGUCCGAACGGCGUAUCCGUGGACGAGCUGCAGGUGCUGCUUGAGAUGGUGCGAAAGGUCGAGGAGCAGCCAAGGACACCUAGCACUCUUGAUCAAAUUGGAUGCUGGUCUGAGCGACAAGUCAACCAUGAUGCAAGGUCUUCUAGCGUGGCCAGACCGAAGACCCUUAACCCAUUUGGCAGUUCGGAGUUUGGAACACGGUGCUGCCCCUUCGCGCCGCUCAUUGAAAUGAUCAUCGAUUAUCACCAAAUACGAGCCACAGGCUGCUCAAAGUGCGAUGGUCCCGUUUCUGAUCCUCAGAAAGCACAAGCAUGUGGUCAUUAUAUCUGCGGCGGUUGUCUAACCGAGUGGCUCAAAACCGAACAACGCACUAAGUGUCCUCGCUGCAAUACUCCGACACCGUUCCUCAAGAUAAUAACCCUCGGUACGCUGGAGACUCAAUUUGACGCCCAAGAGCAAGCAAGGGAAGGCGAGAUCAAAAGCUCAUUGAAGAGGAAGCGGGCAAGCCGACCGAACUUCAACCGCAGAGGUGGGCGAGCGGCUCAACAAGCUCGCCGAUCAGCCACCGACCCUAGUGACCGUCGUGUCGGACAAGACAACCAAGGCGUGACGCCUUUACUUGCACCCCGCGAUACUACCUUUAUCAAGGCAGCUUGCGUCUUGAACAACAGAAUGCCGGCCGCGGGCUCGAAGCUCACGGCAGUCAAGGACACUCUGCUCAGAUGGCAGAGAGAUUUCCCAAAAGACAAGUGCAUCAUCUUUGUGCAAUUCGUCAAAACACUUCUGAUGACAGGCAUCAUGCUCCAGCUUGAAGGCAUUGACUUCGUCUACACCUAUGGCAAAAUGUUGUCAAAGCAAAAGUCGAAGGCCAAAAAUAUAUUCGAGACUGAACCGACUGUCAAGGUCCUGGUCGCAACCAUGGGAACAUGUAGCGAAGGCCUCAACUUGACGUGCGCCAAUCGUGUCAUUGUUGUUGACGCUUGGUGGAACAGUGCGAGGGAGCAGCAGUCAUUCGGCCGUGUCGUCCGCACUGGACAAUGCAAAGAGACGUACUGCGUGAGGCUGAAAUCGCCGAAUUCAAUUGACGACAAGAUUGAGAGGAUUCAGACCAGCAAGAAUGAGGUCGUGGACUGUGCCGUCCAGGAUGACGGGCACGACCCCUUUACUCUCUCCGAGCUUGGCGUCAUGAAUCUGCUCAACCCUGAGAAAUACCUGCAACUCUGCAAAGAAACUCUAUCGAAGAUCAAGAACCUAAAGGAGGCCGAACUUGCGAAGUGA